AUGUCGAGCUACCCCGAGCGCACCGGCUUCAAGAGAGACUACGACGACGGCCCGGGUUAUGGGCGCCGUGAUGACCGCGGGGGACGCGGAGGCUAUGGAGGAGGCCGCAGGCGCGAUGAUCGCAGGGGCUAUGGCGGAGGACGCGGAGGAUACGGUGGGCGUGGCAGCUACGACGACCGUGCGGGGAAUCCCGGGGAUCUCCAUCGCCGCCAUGAAAAUCUGUACCCUGCACUUACUGAAGAGGAGCUUUUUGGACAAAAGGUUGGAACGGAGGCUUUGCAGACGGGGGAGCGCGAUUACUCCAUUUACCAGGACGUUAAGGUUUCAGUCGAUUUCGCUCGGGCAAUAAAGGAGGUCGCACCCAUUGCCACAUUCGAGGACCUCUCACGAGAGCCGUUUGACCUGGACCCAGAGGUUUAUCAGAACACAGUUCGUGCAAAGUAUUUCCAGCCAACACCAAUCCAGAAGCACGCCCUCCCCACGGGGAUGGUCGGGUAUGACCUCUUGGCUUGUUCCCAGACUGGUUCUGGAAAGACCUGUGCGUUCAUAAUCCCCAUUCUCCAUCGCAUAGCCACGGAGAAGCUGAAGCUCUACACCAUGUCUCCAGGACACCACGAGGACAGAGACUUCCGCUUUAACGCCAAGGGCAGCAGGGCGUAUCCGUUCUGCAUCAUCAUGUCUCCCACGCGUGAACUUGUCCAGCAGACUGCCAAGGCGAGCUGGAUGCUUAGCUAUGGAACAUCGAUACUCACGAGAGUUGCCUAUGGCGGAGAUCCCUCUGGCCCCCAGCGGGAUGCGCUCCAAAUGGGCUGUGACAUACUCGUGGCCACUCCAGGGAGGCUUCUCGACUUUAUUAAGCAGGGGGUCGUUGAGACAACGUAUGUCCGCUUUGUUGUCUUUGACGAGUGCGAUCGGAUGCUUGACAUGGGGUUCGAGCCUCAGAUUCGUGACAUCUUGCACGAGCUCCCUCCCAUCCACCACUCUGUUCAAGAUCCCAGCAAUCCUGACAUCACGCACCAGAUAGAGCGGCAGACCCUCCUCUUCUCUGCCACCUUUCCCAAGGAGAUCAAGAACCUUGCAAUGGAGUUUCUUCGCCAAGACAGACUUGUCUCCAUCACAGUAGGACAGAUAGGGUCUUCCAAUCCGAAUCUGGCGCAGCGCGUUGUGUUGGUUGAGCGCAGCAAUGACAAACUGCGGCUUCUGACAGAGUAUAUAACGGGGCAGAAUGCCGACUUGAACAACAUGCUCAUAGAGGUAUACGGCACCGACAAGGAGCAGGAUCCAUCCCUCUCUACAGUUUCUAGCACGGCUGGGAUCUCUGAGGAGUUUAACGAGGCGAUGAACGCUACCUAUCCUGAUAGCCAUGCUGCACGCCAUGACACUCUCAAUAAAGACGGGAUUAUUCAAUAUCAAACGAUUGUCUUCACAAAUUUCAAGUCAGAGGCGGAUCGCAUCUUUAGGUACUUUGAUGAUAUGCGAUAUAGAGUUGCCGUCAUACAUGGCGAUAUGACCCAAAAAGAGCGGGAAAACAAUCUCAAGUACUUCAAGGCUGGCCGCACCAACAUCCUCAUUGGUACUGACGUUGCACAGCGAGGACUGGACAUCCCUAACGUCAGGCUCGUUCUGAACUAUGACCUGCCUGGAAAUGUCGAUGACUACACACACCGGAUCGGUCGAACAGGGCGCGCUGGCAGGCCUGGUCUGGCAGUGACGUUUGUCUGCCCUGAUCGAGACAAUGUGGGCGCCCUGAAAGAUAUACGCAGAAAGAUGAUGGACACGAAACAGCCCAUACCGGAUUGGUUCAACAGGACCAUAGACGAAAUGCUCAGUGAUAAGCGCAACGCCAAGAGCGCGCGCAGAGGUGGUGGUGGCCGCGGCGGCGGCGGUGGUCGUGGAGAUCGAGGUUAUGGCGGCGAUCGAGGUUACGGUGGUGGACGUGGCGGCUACGGCGGAGACCGAGGAAGAUAUUAA